UUGAAAAUCCCUUUGGCAAGACUAUUCCCCCUCUUUGAAAUUUCAAAGUUUAAGGGCUUUUUAUUGGUUUACACUUUUCACUCUCUUUUUGAUUUAACAAUAAAAAAGUAAAAAAAAAAAGUGCCCCAUUUCUUUACUCAAAAAAAAAAAAAAUCUCUUUUUCGUUAACCCUAGCAAAACAUGCAGCCGCCACUGUAACUCAACGACCCCGCCGCUUCAUCCUCCGCACCGCCGCGACGAUAUCGUCUCUAUCCCCAAUCAACCACCUAGGUAUGUGCAUAACCACCUGAAUGAUCACUUUAUAUAGUCACAUAUAUCCACUCCAUGCAAGCGCACCAACAAUGCACCCUUCCCGUAGAUUCGUUCUCCGUUUCUUCCCUACCCUAAACCAAUUCCGUUCAUUCUCUUCUUCACCGCAAGAACUUGAACAUGCUCUUACAGCAUUAGUAGAAUCCAAAAACUAUGUUAAAAUUCCCGAUUUCAUUACCAAUGAAUUCUCACAAUCCCAAUCCCAAAUUUCAAACCCUUUCAAAUUUUUAUCUUCUUUUCCGCAUAAUUUACAAAUUCAAAUGGUUGAUGAAAUGUUGCAGUCUUUUAUACCUAUCAGACCACGCUAUAAGCCCAAGCUAGCUUACUCUUAUCUUCUGUCUUACAUUCUCCAAACUCCUCAGCCAUUCCCUCUUGCACUUGCUGUUUUACAACGGACUUUACGUUCUGGUUGCUUACCAGUUCCUCAGACUCAUGUACUUCUCUCGUCUGCUUGGCUCAACCGGCGGCAAUGUGGGUCGGAAUCUUCUGUAGCUGGUAUUUUACUUGAGAUGCAAGCAAUUGGGUAUUAUCCUGACUGUGGUACUUGUGGUUAUAUAGUUUCGUGUCUUUGUGCUGUUGAUGAAUUAGAGGAGGCGGUUAAUAUCGUGAAGGGUAUGAGUGGAGCAGGGUGUAUUCCUGAUUUGAAUUGUUUUGGGGUUGUGAUUAGUGCAAUGUGUAGAGUUAAAAGGACUGUUGAUGGUUAUGAUUUAAUGAAGGAAAUGGUGGUGAAGUAUGGGUUGACGCCGGAUCAUGGAACGGUGGUGAAAUUGGUGGCUGCUUUACGGAGGGAGAAAGAGAUAUGGAGAGCGGUUGAGGUGAUUGAGUUUCUGGAGAAGGAAGGGAAUGAUGUUGGGUUUGAGAGUUAUGAGAUGGUGAUUGAAGGUUGUUUGGAGAGACGUGAGUAUGUUUUGGCGGGGAAGGUUGUGAUGGGGAUGACUGAAAGAGGUUUUAUACCGUAUAUUAAGGUGAGGCAGAAGAUAAUUGAUGGGUUGGCGAGUGUUGAUGAGUGGAAGAUGGCUUGUGCUGUGAGACAAAGAUUCGCGAAACUCAAAUCUUAGUUGUUAAAUUAUUUAGCAGGGUUCGGUUUUUAAGCUAAACAAGUAACUAUUGCAAAGACGCGUAUCUUCUGCGUUUUGGCGUCAUUGUUCUUUUCUUGAUGGCGAAUGCUGAGAUAGAGGAUUGCUGCUCUAGGAUCUUUGACUUGCAAAUCAUUUGGAGGUCAAUUUUCCUAGUGUGCUGCUUAAUGCUUGACAGGGUAGGUAGCAUCCAUGGCAAUGCCACAAGUUCCAUCUUUAUCCAUAAUAUCACGCUUCAUCCUAACAUAACCCGAUUCACCCCAGUUGUUUCCCCAUGAAUUCUUCACAAUCCAAUACUUUUCACUAUUUUUUUCUCCAUACCCAACUAUAGUCAUGCCAUGAUUGAGAUCCUUUCCACAACUUCCAGAGAAGACACCUUUUGAAUAAAAUUGAAAUGCAUAGCCUCCGGCAUCAGAUGCAACGGAGACAGGCUGAUGGGUGACUGCAGCUUUUAGCAUUUUCUCGUUGCAAGCAGGUACAUUUUCAUAGCCGCUUAUAGUUACCACAUGGUUUUUAGCUUUAGUUUUGUUACAUUUACCAUUUGUUCCUGUAUAAGGAUAUUCUUUGGCAGUGACUAGCCCUCCAUGCUUUUUGAUGUAGUUGAAUGCUAUGUACAUGUCGCCACCUUCGCAGCCUUCAUUCCCACUUUUAGUAUCACAAUCUAUCAACUGUUGUUCUGAUAAAGAAACUAAAUUUCCUGUUUUUAUCUUGUUGAUGCCUUCCACAGCUGCCACUGCUGAGAAUGCCCAACAACUUCCUGCAUCAAGUUUUAUACCAUCAUCUCAGCUAGUCAGCUCUAAACACAAAUUUAAAAAAUGUUUAAGCAUGAUCUUUAGUUCGCGAACUCAUUAGUAGAUAAAUAUUAGAGGACUUCAAAUAUGUUUAGUUCUUAGGCAAUCCCUUAAGAUAAUGAGUAACUUUCUUUAUAGAUAUAACUAUGAGACUAAUUUAUCCUGUCAAAUUCAAAUUGCCAACACUGAAACACUUCAUAUAAAGUUCUUUUAGACUUAACGUUUGGUCGUGUUUGGAACUGAAUUCUCUACCGUUGGACAACUAACUACACGAGGCUCAAUUCUGACUCUGCAACUAAUUAUUUUCUCGCGUUUUAUUUUUCAGUUUUCUUUUACUAUGAAGAUUUUUUUUAAUGGCUGCAAUCUUCUAAAGUUGAAUUUUAACUGUUGAGGAUCGUGGUUAGUGUAUGUACGCAUAUCGUAGUGUUAUAUCUGAGAAAAUGAAUAAACUUGAUUUGAAUUAAAUUUUACCACAACGGCCUUGAUCUUUGACAUGUGUAACAGCACCUUUCUUCCUCCAAUCUAGGUUUCUUGGAAGAUCUCCAUGUUUAUGAUACUUGGUUUUUUCCCUUGCACGCGACUGAGGUAGAAAACCUAGAUACAUGCUUCUGAAUUCUUCAUUUGUAAGAUCUGCAAACCUGUUGUCCGUGAGCUUGUAAGAAUAGUUUCUCAAGUUGAAGAACUCUAUAAACUGAACAUUUGAUUGGUAAAUGUCAAAACGAUUUUCCCAUUCUUCUCUGUCCCUGUAAUGUCGUCUGUGUCGUUUCAGCCAAGUUUCAUACCUCUUCUUCAUAACUUCUGGAUUAGUUGAAUUCAUUUUAUGCAUUGCAGGGCUUGCACAUGCAGUUAUCCAUAGAUUGCACACGACAACAAGAUUGAGGAUAACAAUGGUUAAUAUUAUGAUCGUCUUCAUCUUCAUCUUCAUCUCCAAUUCUUAAUGCAUAUAGUGAAUGAUAGCAUUAGUUCUUAAUGUCUUGUUUAUUUUAUUUAUUUAUGUAUGCAUUACAAUGCAUAUUAAUUUCAGUUUAAGAGACGUUUUAUUUGCAUAUUUAUGUAUUUAUUUCCAUGUGUUUGGUGCUUGAGAGUUUUAAGCAAGACAAGAAUUGUGUAUCUCAUGUUUUUUGCAUGACCAUAAUGAAGGCGUACAUGUCUUGUUAAGAAUCUUCCAUAAUUUAGGCAGUUUCAGUUGGUGUGAAUAGUUAAUUCUUGUGUUGGCUUAUUGAAUGGAUUUAAAUUGAACAAAUGAUUCAAUUAGUGUAUGCUGUCACCCAAGAGCGCUUGGACGAGAUGAGAAAGGAUCUCUUUCCUCUUAAAUGGAGGUAUUGAGUUUGAAUUCAAUUCUGAGUAUGCAGCAGUGUUAAAUUCUAUCUGAGUUAGAGUUUUGUGACCUAUUUUAGUUCUCUCAGGCGCAAGAUGCAUAAUUCUUCUAAUAGUUUUAAAAGAUGUUCAUUUUUCUUUCUAUUUUCUAUUUCUAUUUUCUAAUUCUAUUUGAUGGCGAGUACAUUGAAUCUACAAACCCAUGUUUGUCUAAAGUUAAUGUCAUCUCAAUUUCUCAAAAAAAUAUUGAACUUAUUUUUCUUAGUCACAAUGGUAAGAUAUCCCACUAUACAUGCCUAAGAACUUAAAGAUGCCAUUAAUUAUAAUAUUAAACUCCACGAAGGUGCUCUUAAUCAUGUGCUAUGUCAAACUUUUAUCUCCUUAUAAAACUAAAUUAAUUCAAGUUUAGAUAAGAUGGUGGAAGAAGGUACUUAGAAAGACAUAUAUGCACAUUCACACAGAGAGAAAGAGAGCAUAUACCCUACAUGUGGGAAUGGUUUGGGGACAAAGCAAAGAAAGCAUAUAGUGCAUGGAAACAAUUCACAUGGGAGUAUAACAUGAUCUUCACUAUAACCCCUAACUUUUCCUUCUCUUUCACAGCUCAUACCCCAAAUCCCACAAGUCCUCACAAUUCUACACGUCACACCCCAUGCAUUACACAUUCUGAUUCUCGCAUCCAUGCAGUAAGUUACAUCAAUGUUUGAUUGAGAUCGGACGGUGUAAAUUAAAAAAAAACUUUAAAACCUAAACCGAACAAUCUUGUUCCAAAAACUUAAAAUCAACUUUAAAACCCAAAACCUAUGCGAUAUAAUAUCAAUCAAACAAUCACUAAAAUUUCAAAUUACACUAAUAGAAAAAAAAUCAUGUAUUAACCACUACACUCAUUAUAAAAAAUAUCUUAUAGAUGCACAUGGUCGUUGUUCUCCUCUAAGUUAAAGAUCAUUAAAGAUCACAAACCCAU